AUUGCUCUUCGCUAGCUAGCCGCGAGCAAACUCGCAUUAAUUGCAAGCCAUGAGCAGAGCGCGAGACUCGCUGGUGGUGGGCCGGGUGAUCGGCGACGUCCUCGAGCCCUUCGUCAAGAGAGUCUCUCUCCGAAUCAACUACGCCGGGAAGGAGAUCACCAACGGCCGCGAGUUCAAGCCAUCUGAGGUGGUCAACCAACCUCGCGUCGAGGUCGGUGGCAAUGACCUCAGGACCUUUUACACGCUCGUGAUGGUGGACCCCGAUGCUCCCAGCCCUAGUAACCCUCACCUGAGAGAGUACCUCCAGUGGCUGGUGGUCGACAUCCCUGGCACUACGGACGCGACCUUCGGAAGAGAGCUGAUGUGCUACGAGCCCCCACGGCCCACAAUGGGGAUCCACCGCAUGGUGCUCGUGUUGUUCCAGCAGCUGGGUCGUGAGACGGUGUAUCCACCCGGGUGGCGCCAGAACUUCAACACCAAGGACUUUGCCGAGAUUUACAACCUCGGGCAGCCGGUGGCCGCCGUCUACUUCAACUGCCAGAGGGAGUCCGGCUCUGGUGGCCGGAGGAUGUACCCCAUAUAG